CCAUUUCCGGGAGUUGUCAAACAACGUGACUUAUUAUCAAACGCCACGCCCCUCUUACUACAUAACAGCUUUAUUAUGCUUAUGAAACCGAGUGGGGAUGUUUAGGCACGUUCUGUAUAAUUCACCAUUCAUCAGUUUAUACUUUGUCACUAAACAUGUCGAUGUACAGGAAUGCUGUCUGGUUGGUUAAAGGUCUUCAGGAGUACACAAAGAGUGGUUACGAAGCAGCAGCAAAGCAUUUUACCCCCGGGGAUCUAGAUGUGAAGGUUAGCGGGCGGUCAUUUGUGAUAACCGGGGCCAAUAGUGGGAUAGGUAAAAGAGCUGCUUUGGAGAUAGCAAACAGAGGCGGAACAGUUCACAUGGUGUGUCGUAACAAGGAGCGGGCAGAAGCAGCAAAGAAUGAGAUCAUUGAUCAGAGUAAAAAUCAGAAUGUACACGUACACAUAGUGGAUAUGUCCAGUGCUCUGCAAGUAUGGAAGUUUGCCCAGAACUUCAGCCAAGAAAACAGCGUAAAUGUGCUGAUCAACAAUGCAGGAUGCAUGGUGAACCAGCGUGAGUUGACAGACGAGGGCUUAGAGAAGAAUUUUGCCACUAAUGCACUAGGUACCUACAUCCUGACUACGGCGUUGAUUCCUGCACUGAAGAAGGCUGAGAAUCCCAGAGUGAUCACUGUGUCGUCUGGAGGAAUGCUGGUUCAAAAGCUGAACUUGGAUGAUCUUCAGUUUGAGAAGGGAACGUUCGACGGCACUAUGGCCUACGCCCAGAAUAAAAGACAGCAGGUGAUCCUGACAGAGAGAUGGGCAUCUCAACACAAAGAGAUCCACUUCUCCUCUAUGCACCCGGGCUGGGCUGACACACCAGCCGUCCAGUUGUCCAUGCCCGACUUCCACGCCAAGAUGCAGAACAAACUACGGACUGAAGCCAUGGGGGCGGACACCAUAGUGUGGCUCGCCGUCUCCGGGGCCUCCGGACAGCAGCCCAGCGGCCUCUUCUUCCAGGACCGUAAAGCCGUAGCCACGCACCUUCCCCUGGCCUGCUCACGGUGCACCCCACAGGAGGAAGAGAAGCUGCAGGCCACACUGGAGCAGCUCAGCAACAAGUUCAAACCCUGACCGUUCAGUCAGGGUUGGACGUUUACGUAGCAAGAACUCCCAUUACAGCCAUUACAGUAUGACCUGAUGAACAAUAAUUAAUAGAAUGGAGUGGCCAAUAGGACUUAUUAUGAUAAGCUAAAUGUAUUCCAUGCUUCCAACACCAAUUCUAAGAUUGGAUUUAUUUAUAUAAUUAUUUAACCAGUUAUGGGGAAAACCUAACAUACCUCAAAGUUCACAGUGUCUUAACAAAUAGCUAAUGGUGAUGUUAAUACAUUUUUUACUUGCAAUUAUUGGUGGAUUAAAAAAAACUGUUUUC